AUGGAUGGAAUUGAAUUGGGAGAAUGGGCUAUGACCUACCACGCGGGACAGUGCGGAUUGGUGGGUGCUAACACGUUAACGCAGCGCCUAAAACUGACUUACUUCGGUGGAAAGGAAGUAAAAUUGGGUCAGUUAAAACACCACGAAUUGCUUCCUAAGCCCAGUUUAGCCCAGCUAAGGGCAACUGGUGUCGGCUGCCAUAUUGGUGGUAGAUGUGUCAAUAGUCUAAGUUAUGCCGACGAUAUGGUGUUGCUGGCCCCUUCGAUUAAAAGUUUCCGUAGGCUUGUCUCAGUCUGUGAGCAAUAUGCUAUUACGCAUGGGCUGAGUUAUAAUGUGUCCAAGACAGAGCUUAUGGUUUUCAGGGCGGGGAAGGGUCCGGAGAACAUACCAGACGUAUUUUUGAAUGGUGUAGCGCUUCGGGUUGUGAGCGAAUUUAAAUAUCUCGGUCACAUUCUUGCAGAGAAUGGAAAUGACGACCUAGAUAUUGAACGUGAGAGACGAGCAUUAUCAUUUCGAUGUAACAUGCUCGCUAGAAAGUUUGGCAAAUGUAAUGACGAAGUGAAAAUGACAUUAUUUAAUUCCUACUGUCAAUCUCUCUAUACCUGUCAGCUGUGGCCACGUUACUGUAGUGCGUCAAGUAUGUUUGCUAAAGCUCGCAUAGCGGAUUUUUUCGCUGUUAUUAGAGGGCGCAUCGCUUCAUUCUGGCAAAAAAUUAAUAAUUCAUGCAAUGGUGUAAUUAAGGGAGUAGUAGAAACUUUAAACAACCCUGUAUUCAAGCACUGGAUUUCGGUGCACCGGAGCGUAUUUAUCCUAAAAGCAUCGAAUAAAGUAAAGAAAGAAUACCGAGCUAUCUGCGGUGGGAGUAUCAUAAGGGAAGAUCGAGUAUUGUCUUCAGCUCAUUGUUUCUAUACAAACAGAAAACGCUUUAAACAUAAAUGGAAUUCAUUAAAAGUGGUGGGUGGUUUAUUAACUACAUACGCAACCCAGCCCGUAGACGACGACGAAGCCGUUCAACAAUGGCGAAACAUUGACAAGAUAUACACACAGAAGUACUUCAGGUUUCCCGCCUACAAUCUAGCCGUUGUGCAGCUGGAAAAACCAUGGAAUUUCAAUCAGUUUAUAGACAAAAUAGCAUAUGCUUCGUUAAAUCUAGACUUCGAUGGUGUCUGUAUUGUUACUGCUGUACGGAUGGCAAGGAGUUGGUCGUCACAAAAGUUCUUAUUUAAGGAGGUUUUCAAUAUGUUGCCCAGAAUGAAAUGUGAGUCUACGUUCAUGAGAGACUGCAGGCUUUAUUACUGCACGGAAUUUGAUAGACGGAAGCUUCUGUUGCAAUCUGUGGAAACUGAAGGCAGUGCCUUGAUUUGUAGAGAAACGGGAGAUCCCAAAGAGAUCAAUUCCACGCAAGGUCUUUUAGUUGGAGUUACCAGUUUGAUCUUCACAUACUUACCGACAAUACAUCACAAAGUUGGACCAUUUAAUAAAUGGGUUACAGAUGCAUACAACUGCAUAAAAUGUCAUUACAACGUCAGAUCCAAAUGUUUUACAUUUAGGUUUACCAACUUGCCACCCGACCCGAUCUCUGAUGACUAUCUGAAUGUCACGACUUUGUUUCUCAAAAGGUGA